ACUUGGAUUUCUGCUUCAAAUUCGUUGUUGAAGCUGUUUGUUUGAAUGAAGUGUGCAGAAAACAUGUCAAACGGGCGUUUCAGUCACCUGCUGAGUGGAGUCUGGCUGUUCUGGCAAGCUGUAACUGUGGUUGGAGCAGCGAGUAAACUUUGGGAGGUGCCCACAGGUCCUUUCUCUUCUUCCUCCAAUGUGAGUGAGAGCCUGCAGUGGGAGCGCUGCCACUAUCAUCACCUAAAGGACAGAGUGAGAAUCACAGCAGACAUCCCCCCCAGACUGGAUGGAACCUGGGUGUCCACAAGAUGUGAGGUCCGGCCCGGUCCAGAGUUCCUCACCCGCUCCUACACCUUUCACCCCCACCGUCACUUCCAGGUGCUGCAACAUUACUACGCUGACAGCGACUGUGGAGACCCAGCCUAUUCCCUGAUGAUCAGAGGCAAAAUCCGUUUGAGUCAGGCCUCCUGGAUCACCCGCGGGGGCACCGAGGCUGAACACCACCUCAGCAAAGUGGGCAUCGUGGUCCACAGCCCUGCAGCCAAGAUGAGGCUGUCCUCCAGGCUGCCUUCUGCCUGCGUGAGUCUGAGCCUGGGCCGUGUUGUGCCGGGGAAGCUGUAUGAGCUGCACAACACCCGAGCAGGCAGGGCAUGCCUGUCAGCGAUGGGUUUCUCCAUGAUGGAGAUGGGUCUGGUACGAGUGGAGACACAGCACCACAGCCACGGAGCGAAGGUCCAGGAGCUGUUCCUGGGAGACAUUCACACAGACUGGACCCAGAGAAGCCAGCACAGACCCACAGGGUACCAGCAGCCACUGCAGAGCGCCAUGCAUCACAUCCACCCCUGUCCGGUGUGCGCUCUGGUGUACCGCUCCACGGAGCAGCGUCCCCCUGUGUUGCCCUGCAGCCCUGCGGUUCCUCUGUCCUUGGCUGGUCACUGGGUCAGCCAGCACUGUGAAACCCGUCCCAACAUACUUUUCCUCACACGUGACUUCACCUUUGAGCCCAGCCAGCACGCCUGGGAAGGCAUCUACAAGCACUACUCCGACUCCGCCUGCUCGCAGCCCACUUUCACCCUGAGAGCGCUGGGCCACUACGCCCAGGAGAACCCCUCCUCCAAAAUCCCAGGAGCUUUUGAGUUUGUCUUCAAGGUGACCCAGGUAAGAGUCACAGCCAUGGACAAGUCAACUGUCAAGCUGCUGAACAGCACAAAACGAGGGAAGUGUGGUUUGACAGGAGGGUGGGAGGUCGGGGUGGAAAAAGACUUGACCCCAACAGACGGGUGCACCGUGCUGGGCAUCAAACUGCCACACAAGGAAUACGAGCUCUUCAAGAUGGAGCUUGACCCCAGGAAACACCCACUGCUGUUCACUGGAGAGAGACCAACUGAUGGGUCUAGUCCUGACCGCCCACUGCGGAGGCCCAACUCCUUUCAGAGUCCCAUGGUGCUUUGCAGCGGAGGAGAAACACAACCCUCCUACUCAAUGCACAACAGCAAGCAAGUGCAGCUAGCCAGCGGGUCAGAGAGGGUAGCACAGGCGGCGUUACUGCUGUUUGGAUCUGCACUCUGCAGCUGGUUUGGAGUUCAUUAGAAACCUUGUUCACAGCUUUAAACCAUCUAAUGGCUUACAUCUGAGAAAACUAAAAAGAAAAGAGACUUUUAAGGGAACAGAAUUAUUUUUUUAUUCCAGGCUUUCAGAUGUGACUGGUGGGAUCACUGUACUGAUUCGCCUUCACUCCGUUUCAUCAACAACCAU